AUUCCCUGACCGCCUGUACGGCCGGACGUGUGAAGGAGGCUGUACAGCUCAUUAGCGUAAUCAUUAGCGUGUGCGUAGAAACGCGCAGAACAAGCCGAGAUUUUAUUUACUUUUGUUUUUUGAAAAUGAUCAACAAACCUGUUUGACCAAUCCGAAAAUGUUUGAAGACUGUUCUGUGCUGUGCUCUUUUGUCGUUGUUAGUUUUAUGUAAAUACGCGGUCGCGGUCGAUGCGCGAGUCUUCGUCGAGUGUCGGAAGGUUAUCGCCAGCGAAGGUCUCGGUUAAGCCGGGGUUGGUGAAACUGCAGGUUUCCGCUACCUGUAGAACUUGUUUUCGAUGCGCCGUCUGUCCAAGUGAUGUCCUCUGCUAUCGCCGGGGAGGAAAGGUUGUGUGUUCAUCAAGAUUAUCGUGCCCUUACGGAGCAUCCGUCUGAUUGAGUGUGGCGAAAGGACAAUCGAACGCAGUGGGAAGCUAUACACCAGCUGGAAGAUGGUCGUCGGCAAUGUGACCGGUACCCGUAUGGGUCUGCUAAUGCUUUGCUUGUUGGGUGCAGUAGGACAGUGCGUGUUGGCGCUAGAACUUGGUGAAAGCUGUACGAAUCCUCGUGGCCUGCCGGGAAAUUGUAUUCUAUUCCGGGAGUGCCCAGAGCUGGUUGCUGUUUUCGGCAAACCUAUCGCUACACCGGAAGAUACACAGUACCUACAAGACAGCCGUUGCGGUUCAUCCGGGCGGAAGGCACUGGUAUGUUGCGCCGGUUCCACUGCUCCCGCAAACACCGGCAACUCGGUCUUGCCUGAACCGCCACACUGUGGUAUCCAGCUCACGGACCGUAUUUUCGGUGGCCAACCGACACAACUCGAUGAGUUCCCGUGGGCGGUACUGAUCGAGUACCAGAAACCGAACGGUCGUUAUGGCUUCCACUGCGGUGGAUCGUUGAUCAACGAACGCUACGUUUUAACCGCAGCUCACUGCAUCGUUUCGAUUCCGCGCACUUGGAAGGUACAUCGGGUACGACUGGGCGAGUGGGACCUCGGCUUGGAUCGCGACUGUAACGGUGAUGGUGAUUGCAACGAUGCUCCGGUUGACAUGAAUAUCGAGAAGAUCGUCGUACAUACUGGCUACGAUACGCAGGACAAGAACCACCUUAACGACAUUGCGCUGAUUCGUAUGGCUAGCCCGGUGGCGUUUACCGAAACAGUGCGACCUAUCUGCCUGCCGCUAUCGAGCAAGACUAUCAACGCUAAUCACGUCGGCUUGUCAAGCUGGGCCGCUGGAUGGGGCAAAACGGAGACCGCUUCGGCCAGCCAGAAGAAGCUGAAGGUCGAGUUGAAGGUGAAGAGUCUGCAGCAGUGUUCACCGGUUUACCAGCGCAACGGCAUAUUCCUGCAGUCGACGCAGCUAUGCGCCGGUGGUGUGAACGGACAGGACACCUGCAGCGGUGACUCGGGUGGCCCGUUGAUGCGCCAGUUUGCUGGUGCCUGGUACCUGAUAGCGGUGGUAAGCUUUGGCCCUUCGAAGUGCGGUACUGCCGACGUUCCUGGUGUGUAUACCGAUGUGGCAAAGUUCGGUGACUGGAUUCGGCAGAAUGUUUACUAGGCUUAACAAAUGUUUGCUGGACGCUCCGGAGAGACUACGUUAAUUACCAAUAAAACUCAUCGACGAAAAGUACAUA